GUACACAUCGUUCACCGUAGAAACUCCCUUCAGCACGUAAUGUUCAGUGUAACCUGAUUCUUGUGCUCUUACUUGAAAAUUGUGUGUCGGUGUUGUGAACGAAUCAUAGUAGUCUCUUUUUCUGCCUUUUUACUACUUUCCGUAUAUCGACAAUUCUCUUUUCUACCGUACGACCGGUUCUCUCACGAUAGAUAACGAGCGUACGAAAAGAUUCGAUCGAGCCUGUUGCAUCAAUACCCGAACGCGAAAAAGGGUACCAGCAAUACUUCUGUGAUAUUUAUUAUGACUGGUAAUUUCACGCCGGUGUUCCUCGUGUGUGACAACUCACGGACGUCCUAUCCCAAAGGAAGACCCACCGUUAAAACUCGCCGACUCAUAUUCUGUUGAUGGAUGCGUUCCUCCAGAACAAUAGGCUGGAUCAUGUCUCUGGGGUGAUGGCAUCGCACCCUUCGUACUUGGAGCACUUUCUCCGUACUCAACAUUUCAUCCUGAGGGGCGACGGUCCGCUGCCCUACGACUACAGGCAUCUGAUCGCCAUAAUGGCCGCGGGAAGGCAUCAGUGCAGCUAUCUGAUAAAUCUACAGAAAGGAGAGUUUAUCCUCCAGGGUGGCGACCCGUCGUGGUUACGAGGCUUGCAAUCAAUUCCGAGAAAACUACAGGAUCUGUAUGAGAUUAACAAGAUUCUAGCCCAUAGGCCGUGGUUGCUGAACAAAACGCACAUAGAGAAACUGACAAAAGGCACGGACAGUUGGUCUCUAGCCGAAGUCGUUCACGCGAUAGUCCUUUUGGCCCACUUCCACUCCCUCUCGUCUUUCGUCUUCUCCUGCGGGAUCAACGAGGAGCUGGACAACGUAACCGGGCACCAUUACAAAGAAAAUUUCCAGGAUAAUAGCAAUAACAUACCAACUGCCAAAGACAAGCUUUCCAGUAGUCCCAAGAAGAUUCCGAACGGCGAUGGCAAGACUGAAAAUAUGCCGUCGCCACCGUCCUCGCCGAGCAUAGUCGGCGAGCAGGAGGUUGGCGUUGUAGCGUUGAUGGAACGCAUGAAACGUCUUUCGGAGAAAUCAGAGUCCUAUCAGAUCACGCAAGAAGAGCUAUCGAAACGGUUCGAGACCGUGGAAACGCAAUCCGCCGAGCUGGCCGCGGCGCCGCAGAGAAGUAGCUCAGUCCUUGACUCUGACAUCGGCCACUUCAUCGAGGAUCCCACCUUCAUCUAUCAGGACUUCGCCAAGCGUGGCCAGCUGAACGAUAUACCGACGUUCCGCGUGCAGGACUAUUCGUGGGACGAUCACGGCUACUCGCUUGUGAACCGUCUCUACAACGACGUUGGCAAUCUUCUCGACGACAAAUUCAAGACAGCCUACAACUUGACGUACUACACGAUGGGCACGCAUAACAAGGUGGACACGUCCCGGUUCAGACGGGCGAUCUGGAAUUACAUUCAGUGUAUGUUCGGUAUCAGGCACGACGAUUAUGAUUACAACGAGGUGAACCAGCUGCUCGAGCGUAGCCUCAAGACGUUCAUCAAGAGUGCCGUCUGUUAUCCGGAACGUGUUACCAAGAGGGAUUACGAUCGCGUUAUGAGGGAGUUCAAGCAUAGUGAAAAGGUCCACGUGAAUCUGAUGAUCCUGGAAGCGCGGAUGCAAGCGGAGCUGUUGUACGCGCUUCGCGCGGUGAUGCGGUAUAUGACCUAAGCCGACUAUGGUCGCCGCUCCUUCGUCUACUUGCUGUCUGUCAGUUUGUCGUCGGUUUAUUUUAUCGUGUAACUCGCGCCGCGGAAUUAUUCGCCCAGGCAUCGUCUUUGCGGACUCUGCACACGGCACAGAAAGGAACGAGCGAACGCGACACCGAUUCUCACGCAGUAUGUACACAUUCAUAUAUGCAUACAUAUCGAUGCGUGUAUAUAUAUGUAUGUGUAACAAUGUAUCCUCACCACGAAGAGAGACACACACCGCGUAUUCACACACACACACACACACAUUUCACCAUCCAUCUUAUACACGAAUUCACACGCGUAAACAUAGAACCAUGAGUUCACGUUACAACAAACUCACACACACUAAUAGACAGAGCCAGAGAAACAGAUACAUACCGUAUAUAUAUAUAUGCAUAUGUAGGAUUUUAUGUAAAAACACCGCGCGUUAACGAAGAAGAAAAACCGGAGUUGGAGAGUGUCCUCUGUGUGGACGACGGAGUCGCAAGGUGUCCAGCGUUUGCUCGUCGCUGGUAACAUUAAACG